UAUGGUAAUGCACUAAGCCUUGUCACAUGGUACAAGCCUGUUGUGAAUAGGCUUGUACCAUGUGACCUCUGUGAUCAUUCACAGAUUUCACACGUAGUAAGCAAUGAUGUCACAAGUGACAUCUUGCUUACUACUUUGCAUGUGAUCACUGUGGGCACCGGAUCGCGGUGCUGCGCGCUCCCAGGGAGCGCGCACAAGCAGGGUGCAGGGAGGCCGUUUAUAGACGGCCACCCGACCCUGCAGUGCCAC